GGCUUAACGAGACAGAUGAGCCGAGGAGGCAAAGCGCUGGGCGGGCGGCGGGAGCGGAGCCCGCGAAGCGGAGGCGGGAGCCGGGCGGGAGGAGAUCUCUGCCGGGGGGCGGCGCUGCUCCGCGGUACCGCGACACACCGAAGCAACUCCGCGCCCUCGCCAGGGGCACCCGGUCCCACGGGGAGCGCGGGAGCCACCAGCCCCGGCGAGCGGCGGCGGCGGCGGGAGGAGCCCCGGGGCCGCCCCAGCGGGAGCCGCCGGCGGCACCGUCCCGCGGCGCGCCCGCCCCCGCCGCCCCAUUGGCCGCGCCGCAGCUCAAAUAGGGCCGGGCGGCGGCGGGCGGCAGCAGCGAGCGGGGCCCCAGCGGCGAGCCCGUCCCGCCGCCCCGCCGCAGCGCCCGGCCUUGGCGGCGGCGGCGCCUCCCGACCCGAGAUGAGCAGCCCCGAUGCGGGCUACGCCAGCAGCGACGACCAGGCGCAGGGGCGGUGCUCGCUGCCCACCAUGAUGCCGGCCGUGGGCCCCUGCCCCUGGGCAGAGCCGCUGAGCCCGCUGGGCGAGGCGAAGGCGAAGGGCGAGGCGGCGCCGUCGGGGGCGGCGGGCGGCCGGAGCAAGAGCGAGGCGCGGAUCCGGCGGCCCAUGAACGCCUUCAUGGUGUGGGCCAAGGACGAGCGCAAGCGGCUGGCGCAGCAGAACCCGGACCUGCACAACGCCGAGCUCAGCAAGAUGCUGGGUAAAUCGUGGAAGGCGCUGUCACUGUCGGAGAAGCGGCCGUUCGUGGAGGAGGCGGAGCGGCUGCGGGUGCAGCACAUGCAGGACCACCCCAACUACAAGUACCGGCCGCGGCGGCGGAAGCAGGUGAAGCGCCUGAAGCGGGCGGAGAGCGGCUUCCUGCAGCACGGCCUGGCGGAGGCGGCGGGGCCCGGGCUGGGCGGCGAGCCCGGCGGCGGCGGCGGCGGCGGCGGCGGCAGGAUGUGCGUGGAGGGCCUGGGCCUGCCCUACGGCGAGCAGGGCUACGCGGCGGCGGCGGGCCACUACCGGGACUGUCCGCCGCUGGGCGCCGGCUUCGACGGCUACGGGCUGCCGACGCCGGACCCGUCGCCGCUGGACGCGGCGGAGAGCGAGGCGCCGUUCCUGGCGGCGGGGCUGCAGGAGGAGUGCCCGCUGGGGCCCUACGGCUACGCCCCGCACCCGUCGGCGGCGGCGGCCGAGUACCCGUCGGCGGCGGCCGAGAGCCCGGCGGGCGCCGCGCUGCGCCGGCACCUGCCGCCCGGCGAGGCGCUGGGGCCGGGCGGCUCGCUGCAGGGGCUGCUGGGCUGCCCGCCGCCGCUGCACGCCUACUACGGGCAGGCCUGCCAGCCGCCGGGCCCGGGCCGCGGGCCGCUGGGGCCGCCGGCGGCGCUGGGGCCGGCGCUGGGGCCGGCGCUGGGGCCGGGGGCGGUCGGGCAGCCGUCGCCGCCGCCCGAGGCGGCGCCGUGCCGGGAGCCGCUGGAGCACUUGCCGCAGGAGGAGCUGCUGGGCGAGGUGGACCGCACCGAGUUCGAGCAGUACCUGCGCUUCGCCUGCAAGCCCGAGCUGGGGCUGCCCUUCGCGGGCCCCGAGGCGGGCGCGGGGCCCGUCUCCUCGGCCGUGUCGGACGCCAGCACCGCCGUCUACUACUGCGGCUACCCCGACGUGUGAGGAUGAGGAGGGACUGGCUCGGGGGCGCGCCGACCGACGGGCAGGGAGGUGCCCGGCCCCGCUCCUAUUUAUGUAAUUUAUUUGAAUCGGACUGGGAGACUUUCACAAACCCCGGCGGGCGGAAAUAUGCUACUUUCGUCGUGCACAUUAAAAGCGUGGUUCAAACUGGUUUUCGACUCAUGUGCCAGCAUGUUUACAUCUUUCUUACAUCCAUGCCCAAAACUGUCGUUCUUGCAACAUCAGCACCGUUACUUGUUUGGCCGGAGCACGUUUUUAUUACCUGUUUUUGUCUAUAUUUAUCCUCUUUUUUUUGUACUUCAGGAAAAUAAAUUUAUGUAUGGCU